ACUCCACUAUAAUAUUCAAACCAAGAAAGACCUAAAUAAAUAAUGGUAGCUAGCUUCAUCAUAUCAUAUCGCCAACCCUAGACAAAUACGUACUACACCCUCAUCAUCACCACCUCACAUUCCCAUUCCAUUCCACCGAAAGCUCUUUCUCUCUUUUCAGAAUCCACCAUCGACAUGCAGCCGGAAAACACGCCGGAAAUCUUUGACUACUACAACAAUAAUUACUAUUAUUGCAGUAGCUUAGCUGGAAAUAAUGGCGGCGGCCUUCCGGCCACCUACGAAAUCCCGCCGCCCUCUAAUCAUGAAAGCUUCUGCAGCUCCGGGUUUUAUCAUACGGAGUUGCCGGAAACAGUCUCCGACAGCACGCCGGAAGCCCGAGCUCUCGCCGCCUCCAAGAAUCACAGGGAAGCUGAGAGGAGACGCCGGGAGAGAAUCAAUUCCCAUCUUGAUUGCCUCAGAACCCUUCUUCCCUGCAACUCUAGGACAGAUAAAGCUUCUUUACUGGCAAAAGUGGUUGAACGCGUGAGGGAGCUAAAAGAAGAGGCGUCGGAACUGAAAGAGAUCGAAACCGGAAUCCCGUCGGAGAGCGACGAGAUCACGCUUCUACUGUCGAGCGACGACGAGUGCGCCGGCGACGGUAGAUUGGUGAUCAAGGCGUCGCUUUGCUGUGAAGACCGGUUGGAUCUCAUCCCUGACCUAAUCCACACCCUCAAAUCUCUCCGGCUAAGCCCCCUGAGAGCUGAGAUGGUAACCCUAGGCGGAAGAAUCAGAAACGUUUUCAUUUUAGCCGGAGAUUUAAAGGAUCACGCCUGUGCCGAUGAAUCCAUAUUGUUUCUCAGAAAUGCGUUGAAAUCCGUGGUGGAACGUUCGGCGUGUGGCGCCGGCGGGGAGCGCUCCAAAAGACGAAGAAUGAUUGAUCAUGGAGUAAUCAAUUAAUCAAGGCGUUCAAACUGGAGGCUUAUAUGAUCAAAUUCAAAUCAAACUUUCAUUUGCAUAUUUUUUUUCUUAAGAAACUGUAGCAACUAUUGGACGGCGUGAAUUUAUAUUACACGUUGUAUAAGUGUUGUUGUCCGACUUUUCUGUACAUAAAUAGUGGUGUUUUAAGAUUGGGUGGAUAGUACCGGAAGAAAUAUCUACCAUUGUUGUUAGGUUUAAAAUCUUCUUGCGUGAAUUGUUAUGUUAUGGAUUGGUGUAAAUUUUUGGGUGUAGUAUGAUUGAUCUUUAUGGGUUUAUAUAUGUACUUAUUAACUUGUUUGAUUU